CCCAGAUCGGAAGACAUAAACCUCUGCCGCCUGACUUAAUAGCGUGAGAGUUUCUGAGGUUCUUAACCAUGGCGGCGGCGGUGGCGGUUCCGGAAACCAGGAAGCUCCCGCGGCCAGGGCGUGGCGGAGUGAUUUCCCAUGGACUAUCGGAAGAAGAAGCGCGUGUCAAAGCUAUUGCGGAGAUCGUUUCCACUAUGGUUGAUCUCUCGCGCAAAGGUCAGGACGUGGACCUGAACGCCAUCAAAUCCGCGGCGUGCAGGAAGUAUGGUUUAUCCAAGGCGCCGAAGCUCGUUGAGAUGAUUGCGGCGCUACCGGAAUCCGAGAAAGAAGUGCUACUGCCGAAACUUCGAGCAAAACCUGUUCGUACGGCAUCGGGGAUUGCGGUUGUCGCCGUUAUGUCGAAGCCUCACCGCUGUCCGCACAUUGCUACGACGGGGAAUAUAUGCGUGUAUUGUCCCGGGGGGCCGGAUUCGGAUUUCGAGUACAGUACGCAGAGUUAUACGGGAUAUGAGCCUACUAGCAUGAGAGCUAUUAGGGCAAGAUACAACCCUUACGUUCAGGCAAGAAGCAGGAUUGAUCAGCUUAAAAGGUUGGGUCACAGUGUUGACAAGGUUGAAUUCAUUUUGAUGGGCGGUACUUUUAUGUCGUUGCCAUCAGACUACCGCGACUAUUUCAUUAGGAAUCUUCAUGAUGCUUUGUCUGGCCAUACAUCUGCCAAUGUAGAAGAAGCUGUGUCCUAUUCUGAGCAUGGUGCAACAAAGUGUAUUGGAAUGACUAUUGAAACACGUCCAGACUACUGCCUUGGACCUCAUCUGAGGCAGAUGCUCACGUAUGGUUGUACAAGAUUGGAGAUUGGAGUACAAAGCACUUAUGAGGAUGUUGCACGUGACACCAAUAGGGGCCACACUGUAGCAGCUGUGGCUGAUUGCUUUUGCUUGGCAAAGGAUGCUGGUUUUAAGGUGGUUGCUCACAUGAUGCCCGAUCUUCCAAAUGUGGGAGUCGAGAGAGACAUGGAAAGUUUCAAAGAGUUCUUUGAAAGCCCCAGGUUUAGGGCCGAUGGGCUAAAAAUUUAUCCCACCCUAGUGAUUCGUGGAACCGGACUUUAUGAACUUUGGAAAACUGGGAGGUACCGAAAUUACCCCCCUGAACAGCUGGUGGACAUUAUAGCUCGAAUUCUAGCAAUGGUUCCUCCUUGGACUCGUGUCUAUCGAGUUCAACGAGAUAUUCCUAUGCCUCUAGUGACUUCUGGAGUAGAGAAGGGGAACCUCCGUGAGCUUGCCUUAGCACGCAUGGACGACUUGGGCUUGAAAUGCCGAGACGUUCGAACACGUGAAGCUGGUAUCCAGGAUAUUCACCACAAUAUAAGGCCAGAUGAAAUUCAGCUGGUUCGACGUGAUUACACAGCCAAUGAGGGUUGGGAAACUUUUCUUUCAUACGAAGAUACACGCCAGGACAUACUGGUGGGGUUGCUGCGCCUGCGGAAAUGUGGGCGCAAUGUAACAUGCCCGGAGCUCACGGGAAAGUGUUCGAUAGUGCGCGAACUACAUGUUUAUGGAACUGCAGUUCCCGUCCACGGACGGGAUGCUGAUAAACUGCAGCACCAAGGUUACGGCACGUUAUUGAUGGAAGAGGCGGAACGCAUUGCAGUUAAAGAACACAGGUCAAGCAAGAUCGCGGUGAUCUCGGGAGUGGGAACGAGGCAUUACUACCGGAAACUGGGGUAUGAGCUCGAAGGUCCGUACAUGGUGAAAUACCUGAAAUGAGAAGAGAAGGUGCGUUUGUAACUUGUUCAUUAGUUACAUAAUGUUGUGUUAUAUUGGCUGGCUUUAUAGUUUUUUUUUGUCCUCUAAAUUUGUUUAUGAAUGUCUUGUCUUGGGGAUGUUAUACUACCUCUGUCCGCAAAAAGGGUAUUUGUUUUUUGCACGUAAAUUUUUUAAUAUUAGUAUUGUAGUAUUAGUUUAUAGUAGAAAAGACAAAAUUGUCCAUAUUAAAUUAUGUGAUAAAAAAGUAAUGAAGUUGUAAGGGUAUUAAUUAUAUUAAGUAGACAGUACAAUUACUAAAUUAGAAAAUAGUAUCUUUCUUUGGUACGGACAAAAAUGAAAAAUGUUAUGGAGCGAGGGAGUAUUAAAGUUCCAUGUAAAAUAGGAUGCAUCUUACUUAUUUUUGUUAGUCAAUUGUGGAUUUAUUUAAUAGGACACGAAUUUUAAGAAAAAUAGGUAAAAAUAGAAUAUUUUAUUUUAUUUUUAAAGAAAAAGCAGAAUAGAUAAUAUUUUGUUAGUAACGUUUGAAUGAGAUUGAGAAAUUUGCUAAAACUUAAUGAGGUUAAUGUGAUUUGCUCCGUCAGCCCAUAAGGUCGGUCAAUACAUUGUUUUAAUUAACACGUCAUUUAUGUAUUAUAUUUAUGUUAUAUAUUACUAUAUUAACAUAAGUAUUUUAUGGUAUUUGUUGUCAAGAGGGUGAUUAGCCUACAAUCAACUACAAUUACACCAAUAAGUGGAUUGUCAAUCCACCGUGAGGGCAGCUAAAAUUUAAUUAGUCCGACACAAUUCACUGGUGGAUUGUGAGGCAAGUGGGUAAAC